AUUAGAGUUGACUCUUAGGCAAGUCAGCCAUGAAUGCCUCUCCUUUGCUCAUAUCCCGUCUUCCACAAAGGCCUUGUGCUGAAUUAGUUUCCAAGGCCCCGAAGCUGAGUCUUUCUCGUAGGGCUCAAAGACUUCAAUCUCCUAGGGCGUUCUGCACCUCACUAUCCAGGAUGGCUGAGCCUUUCAAGCCGGCCAAGAGAGUCGCCAAUCAGCAGCAGGAUGUCUGGUCUAUUGUCAAUGAGGCUGCCGCUGCCUCUCCCGUUCAGCCAAUCGUGAACAUGGGUCAAGGUUUCUUUGGCUACAACCCACCGAAAUUCAUCCUCGAUGCCGCAAAGUCCGCCCUGGACCGUGUGGAAUGCAAUCAAUACUCACCAACUAAAGGCCGUCCUCGGCUAAAGAAAGCCAUUGCUGACGCGUACUCUCCCUUCUUCGGACGCACUAUCAAUCCAGAUACCGAAGUCACGAUCACAACUGGUGCAAAUGAGGGCAUGCUGAGCGCCUUUAUGGCAUUUCUCGAAAAUGGCGACGAGGCGAUUGUCUUCGAACCGUUUUUCGACCAGUACAUAAGUAACAUCGAAAUGCCUGGCGGCAAAGUCGUAUAUGUUCCCAUGCACCCGCCCCCGGACUCGGCAACGAGGACGUCCUCUGCGUCGGGGUGGAAAAUAGACAUUGAGGCCCUCAAGGCAGCCAUAACGCCACGGACACGCAUGAUUGUUCUCAACUCGCCUCACAAUCCGCUAGGCAAGGUGUUUUCAAGGGAAGAGCUUCUCGAAAUUGGCGAGCUCUGUGUAAAGCACAAGAUCAUCAUCCUGUCGGACGAGGUCUACGAUCGCCUGUACUAUGUGCCGUUCACACGUGUGGCAACGCUUAGCCCAGAGAUUGCGAAUCUCACCCUCACGGUGGGUAGUGGGGGCAAGAAUUUCUACGCCACGGGUUGGCGGGUGGGAUGGUUGAUCGGCCCAGAGCAUCUGAUCAAGUAUGUGAGUGCGGCGCAUACGCGAAUCUGCUACAGCAGCGUAAGCCCUCUGCAGGAAGCUACGGCAAUCGGUUUUGAGGAGGCAGACAAGCACAACUUUUGGGAGGAGUCGAUCAAGGAGAUGAAAGGGAAGAUGGACCGGUUUAACAAGAUCUGGGACGAGCUAGGCCUUCCUUACUCCGAGCCCGAAGGCGGCUAUUUCGUUUGCGUGAACAUGGCCAAAGUGAAAAUGCCUUCAGACUAUGUCUUCCCACCUCACGUAGCGUCACGUCCGCGCGACUUUCAGCUCUCGUGGUUCUUGAUAAAGGAAGUCGGCGUCGCAGCCAUCCCUCCGACGGAGUUCUUCACGCCGCAAAACGCUCAUAUCGUGCAGGAUUGGCUGAGAUUCGCCGUGUGUAAAGAGGACGAUGUACUAGAGACGGCAAAGGAGCGGCUUCGAGGGCUUAAGAAGUAUAUUGUUGAGUAGAAAGGCUAGGGAAAACAUAUAUCUAGAUGGCAAGAGGAUUAGAUGAACCUAAAGAGCCAAUAAUUCACACUGCUUUUGGGCAUCGGACUUUUUUCAUUUCUUCCCGAGCGGCAACUGCGUCAUUUUACUGGCGUCCAUUGUGGUUAGAGACUAAUCUGAAAGUUCACCGUACGCACAAGUCAGACAUAUUCUCUAUCAGUUUGGAC